CAACCAUUAAUUUACUCAGUCAAAAUGGCAAUCACUUUAACACUUUAGUAACGGCAGAUGCUAGUUUUAUUUCCCAAUAUAUAUACAAGUAAUAAGCUUCGAAAUAAAUACGUUCAUCUUUUUGAUCAGAAGAAGGCUUUCCAGUUUCAGGAUGAAGCUUGUGGUUUUCAUGUUAUUCUUGCUUAUGCUUUCAUUGUAUUCUUCGGGAUAUGAGGAAGGUGGCGGAUUUACUCGGAAUGACCGAUACUCUUCGAACAAGGUUGAAGAGCCUAUUGAUAGGAUGAUGGACUAUCCAGAUCCAGGCCCAAACCCAAAACACGACCCGACAAUUCCUCCGCCUCCGCCUCCGAUGAAGAAGACAUGAUGGACCCACCCAAAUUAUGUAAAACGAUCAUAUUGAAUCAUUCCAUCUUUAUAAUAAAUUGAAAAUGUUUCAGAGACAUUUUUUUAAUGCAACUGCGUUAUGGUUUCUUCAUCAAAUUUGUUUUUCAA